AUGAAGUCAUCAAAUGUUUGUUGCUUAUUAUUGUGUUUCCUGGUCAUUUUGAAUGUGCAUCAAACAGCUGCAGCGCCUGUGGUUCUCGAGAUGACGACAAAUUUUGCACCUUUAAUAGUGUCAGUUGAUGACAAGCUACAAGACGGAGCACAUGAACAACUGAGUGAAAUAAAAGUGAAACGUCGUUGCGGAAGAGUCAACCUUAAUGGUGACUUUAGCUCUGGAGACGUUAAAGUCGACGUAGGAAACUUUGGUAUCAUCAAUGGCCGUAUAAAUGGUUGUUAA